CUCAGACAGGGUGUGCUUGGCAUUAAAGUGCAGAUCAUGUUUCCUUGGGACCCAAGCGCCAAAAGUGGCCCUAAGAAGCCCCUGCCUGACCGUUAUCACAAAGGCGCCAAGCCGUUCCCCGCGGGGAGGAACUCUGGGAUCAUAGAGCUGGCGGAAUGCCGGGGUAGAGGGAACCGGAAGUUGUUGUUUUCGCCCCCAGCCCAGAGGACAGAUCGAGUCUCCGUGGGUUCGGUUUGGUUCCCGCAGCUGUCAGACUUUCUCGUUCGGCCCGAGGGCUUGGUGGCCCUGGGGUGGACUUGCCCUGGUACCGGGCUCACUCCAGUACCAGCCUUCCGGAAGCGGAGUGACUUCCACGGUCUCCUAGCAACGAAGGACGGGGCUGCAGACUGAGGGAGCGGCUGUGCAGUCCGAAUCGCCCAGGCGCUAGCCGGAACCCCCGAGCCCGGCCCAAACCAGAGCUUGGAAGAAUAAGCAGGAAAUGGCGGACGAGGCGUUGUUUUUGCUUCUCCAUAACGAGAUGGUGUCUGGAGUGUACAAGUCGGCGGAGCAGGGGGAGGUGGAAAAUGGACGCUGUAUUACUAAGCUGGAAAACAUGGGGUUUCGAGUGGGACAAGGACUGAUAGAAAGGUUUACAAAAGAUACUGCAAGGUUCAAGGACGAGUUAGAUAUCAUGAAGUUCAUUUGUAAAGAUUUCUGGACUACAGUGUUCAAGAAACAAAUCGACAAUCUAAGGACAAAUCAUCAGGGCAUCUAUGUACUUCAAGACAACAAAUUUCGUUUGCUUACUCAGAUGUCUGCAGGAAAACAGUAUUUAGAACAUGCAUCUAAGUAUUUAGCAUUUACAUGUGGCUUAAUCAGAGGUGGCUUAUCAAACUUGGGGAUAAAAAGUAUUGUAACAGCUGAAGUGUCUUCAAUGCCUGCCUGUAAGUUUCAGGUGAUGAUACAGAAGCUAUAGAACAUACUGAAAUGCAAAGCUUCAACAGUGUAAAGAGUUAAAUUAUUCAUGUAUAAAGUACUUCAUGUAGCAAUGAUUACAUUGUUGGACAUUUGUGUUGAUAUAAGCUAUUUGCACUUAACCAGGAAUAAGGUAGUAUUUUAUCAAUUGAACACAGAUCAAGUUAAAGCAGAUAGAGACAUUCUACCAGAACAUACACUUUACUGAAACUAUUCAGAAUGGAAAAAACCUGAUGUUAAAUGAACACCACGAUGUAGGACCCUUAUUUUAAACAUUUUUAUUUGCUUAGAGCGAUGGGUAUUUAACCACAGAUGGAGAAGCAAAACUCAGGGUUUGAUAAAUUAGCGUAAGGAAAAGUAUGCACCAAUCAGAAUCAUUUGUGUAACAAUGAACAAAUUUUGAUUAUGUGAAUUUGUUUGUUAUUAAAAAAAGCAAACAGCAUACUAAGUUAGACUUAAUUUUUAUUUUAUUGCUUAUAAGUUAUCUCUAUUAAGAAUUUUUAUGCCUAUGUAAGGAUUUCAUUAUAUACAUUGUGUGUGUGUGUGUGUGUGUGUGUGUGUGUGAGAUGUCAUAUCUGACUGCCUAAAUUGCUAAAAAAAAAACUUAAUUUCACUUUAAUAGAAUUCAGUCUUUGAGAGCUCCCAUUAAUGUAAUAAAAGUAAAAUAUAGAUUA